AUGAUUUUUCUGACAACCAACUCACUCGACUUCGUGCACCUCCCAAAUGGCGCCGAGGCACCCUACGCAGUUCUAUCUCACACCUGGGGCCCAGAGGAAGUGCUUUACAAGGAUCUCGUAGCGGAUAAGGAGCAGGCAAAGCAGAAGGCCGGGUUCUCCAAGGUACGCGAGGCAUGCCGCAUCGCGCGCGGUGAAGGGCUGCAGUACAUCUGGAUCGACACAUGCUGUACGGACAGAGCCGACGCCAAGGAGCUCGACGAGUCGAUCAACUCUAGCUUCCGGCUGUUCAGGUCUGCUGCGCUCUGCAUCGCUCACUUAUCCGAUGUCGACCUCCCGACGUUGCCCUCUCUCACCUUCCCGGUCAUCACUGCGCUCGACGGUCAACACACUCAUCUGAGGCACAGCAGGUGGUUUACUCGAUCAUGGACGCUCCAGGAACUCAUAGCUCCCACUCAUCUUGCAUUCUACUCUCGCCGAUGGGAAUACUUGGGGAGACGGUCCCAGAUAUCGUCAUUGCUGUUCGAGAUAACCGGCAUCGACCCCUACGUUCUCGAGGGGGGCAGUCUGGCCAACGUGUCUGUCGCUCGGAGGAUGUUGUGGGCCGCAAGCCGGAAUGCUACGAGGUUGGAAGACCUGGCGUAUUCGCUAAACGGACUCUUUGAUGUGGCGAUACCCCCGGAAUACGGCGAAGGCGACGCGAAAGCAUUCUUACGCCUUCAAGAAGCGAUCUUGAUGAAGAUCAAGGACCCUUCGAUAUUCGCCUGGAGGGAUGACUGGGCCGAGAAGUACUCAACCUGGGAUAAGUGUGAGGAGCUCGUGAAAUCACCACACCUCAGGGACUUUCUAGCCAAGUCUCCCGCGUACUUCAGUCAUGUGGGACCUCUGUUCCCGCCGCUCGGGGUCCAGAACGAGGGAUUGGGUCAGGAGGAAGACUUGGAUGACUGGGACACAAGUUCCGUGGCUUCAUUCGAGUCCUCGUCGACCCUAGUCGGAUCCGCGGCAUCAGGCCCGGCACAGUCUGGUCUCAGUAAAGCAAUAUCGUUUCUUGUCAAUAACGAGAAGUUGAUCCCGCUGUUCGUGGCAGCCGUCCACCAACAGGGAGUAGGGACUUCCGAUCGACUGCGAAGGAAUCUAGCCCGUCUAUUAAGGCGUCUUGGACAAGAGCUGGUGAUUGAGGCAACGACGAAAGAGGAAACUCAAUCCGCGGUCUUUUUGCGGCAAUAUCGAGUUCCUAUCGCCUCGGCGGUUACCAUGAGAGUAUCUGAGAAAUAUCUCAAGCCUGUGAUUCUCCAGCCUUCUGAAGAGUCAGGUAUGUCUGAAGAGAAGGACGCGCCAGUUACCGCUAUAGGAGCCGAAGUGCAGAAAAACGACCUUGAGUUGGACGAGGAAGACGAAGCCGAGAACGGGGAGGUAGAGGACAGCGAGCCCACGCAGGGGGGGAAAGAAGAAUCGGCAGAUGUUGAUUUUGGCAACAUCAGCACCUUCAUCCACAAUAGCUUUGCCUUUGAGAAGAUGGCUAGGGCACUCUCUGAAUUUGUUAAUCCCACCUUCCAUUCGCAGGCUGCCAAGAUGGUUACCAAGAUACUGGAGGGGAAGGACAUGAGUGACAGCUACUGGGGGGCAAUGAGGACGAAAAUGCAAGUCAUACUGACCGAGCUGAAGGAAUCACGACCGGAACGCAUACUCGUUGAUGUGGAAAGUACACCGACGAGAUUGGAUCGAAUCCAAGUAUGGCUUGAGACCAUCUCUGGAGAGAAUUGGGACUGGCGGCCUCUACCAUCCCCCAAACAUAAGAUGAGCUCAUCCGAGGUCAGAGUUGGUUGGCAAUGUUUCCGGAGGUUCCAGGGUGGUAUUGCACACCUUGGCCUUGGACUACCCGAACCCGACAAGAAAGACUACUACUUCUAUCCCCGGCCCGCGCAGCACGACCCGCCAGUGUCACCGGAGGAGUUCCGACACAUCUACAACCAAAUACUUGAGAAGACACAGGAGUUACCGUAUGACAGCGCUGACGGGGUCGACGACACGGUGGACUGCAUACCACAGCGGUACCUCUAUCUCAACGAGAGAGGUAAGGCGAGGGAGCAGUUCUGGGGUCUUUACGUACAAGAACGGCGCUCGGCUCUCAUGACUUCGGUCUACAUUCUCCUCUGCCUGUCCCCUUUCCUUAUAUUCUGUGUUCUAUAUCUACUCGGUCUUAUCGAGGGAGAUUUGCAGAACGCAACGACACCUCUGGCCCUAGCGCUCACGGCUCUCGGGCUGUUCCUAGGGUCCAUGAUCAAGACAUAG